CGUAGAGUAGUAGAUUCUAUUCACUUGAUGGGACAAACCCUAUAUUUGUUUGCCUACCGUGUAACCAGUCUUCAAAGCUUUAUCCGCAAUACGCAACGCGCGAUUUGGGUAAUUGGCGUUGUGCGCGCUCGUUUGUGUUUCACAUCAAAAGAUCAAACGUGUUCAACGACUUAACAUUCUUACAUUUAUAUUGAUUUUGGCAACGAACAGAUGGACUACCUUAAUAGCAUAUUGAACCAGCCUAACCUGCGAGCACCGCUGGUCGAGGAGGCGAUUCCAACGCUAGCUAACCGACUCCAACAUGCAACCUUGCUGUCUGAUCGUCGUGCUGCUGUUCUAGGACUCAAGAGUUUUAGUAGACAGUAUCGAGAAAAUGUCAUUGAACAUGGAUUGAGGGCUCUUGUGGGAACAUUCAGAAGAGAUAUAGACCUGCCAGCCAUGGUGAAGGGAGUUUUAGAAACCCUUCUUAUUCUUUUCCUUCGUGGGGACGGUGACGAUGAAACGGAUUUAACUCGUGGUUGGAUCUCACAACAAUCGCGGCUCCAGAAUGGGAAGUAUCCCUCACCUAUUCUCAUGGACAGUAUCAGUAUAGAUCAGUUCUCGUUAUGGAUCGCCGAUGAACUCACAACGCAAUCAGAGGACGCAAUUGCCCUUUUACUUGAUACAAUUCUGGACUCUGACGAUUUCCAUAUUCGACUCUACACUUUACAACUUUUGGAGUCUUUAGUGGCAGCACGUCCAGUGAAGACCAAGGAAUGUAUUCUACAAAUCCCUACAGGUGUCUCAGUUUUGGUUCUGUUACUUAAGGAUCCACGCGAGCCGGUGAGGAACGAAGCUAUUCUUUUACUUAUGGCUCUUGCUAAUAAGAACUUCCAUAUCCAGAAACUUGUUGCUUUUGAAAGUACCUUCGACACCUUAUUUGAUAUUAUCGAUGAAGAGGGAGGCAUCCGUGGCCUGAUUCUUGUCCAAGAUUGUUUGACAUUGAUUACAAACUUAUUGCAAUACAAUGCAAGUAACCAGAAAUUUUUCUUGGAAACAAAUUGUGUCCCACGCUUGGCACGUUUAUUGGGGGAGCCAGUAGAGGAGCCCACUGUUGACACAUUGUCAGACGUAGUCCAAUCAACAGAAGAUAAUUCGCCCGAAGGCAAUGGCAAUGGAUAUGCAAAUGGAAAUAUAAGCAAUGGGAACGAUUUGUUGGCGUCAUUGCCACCAUUCUCUUGGACAGAACAACGACUUCAAAACAUUGUAAUUGCAUUAGAAAUCUGUGGGCUAUUUGUCUCUGAAGAUAAUGAAAAAUGCCAACAGAACCAACAGAAACUUUUCGGAGCGGGUGUACUUUUCAUAGUAUUGAAGUUGGUGUUUUCACCAAUUACCGUUAACCAAGUAAGAUCAGUUGCAUUGAUUACGGUAGGUGAAUUGAUUGGAGGCAAUCCAGAGAUUCAAUAUGAGUUUUCUCAGAUUGAUGUCCCAUAUGUGGAUCCGUCCAUGCCCUCCCAGAUUCAACGAUUUGAUAGACCGGCUCCAAUUCCAAUAGCGCUUCUUAAUUGGGCACUUUUCAUUAAUUCUGUCCAUGCCUUUGAUAUUAGAGUUAGUGCAGCCACAUGUUUAAAGGCAUACUUUAAGGAUAAUAAUGAAUCAAAGUCAGCAUUCUUAUCGGAUCAAAUUAAAGCAUACAAGGAUCCUUCUUAUUAUGAUAAACAACAGGAUGAUGAUGUCGAAGAAAGUACCGAUAUCGAGAGAGAUGUAGAUACUGGAUCUCCAUCAGAUGUUACCCGUACUCCACAUGGAAAUAUUUUUGCCACCUUGAUGGAUUAUGACUCUGAUUUAAAACUCAACCCAUACAAGUUAUGGUUUGCUAGUAGUAUAUUGAUGUAUCUCUUAGAGGACAAUAAGGAGAAUCGAGAAACGGCUCAAAAGGUCUAUACUGGUGAUGCCGAUGCCGGAGAAGAAGUCAUGAGUUCAAUUCAAGCUGUUUCAGGAUUACUUUUAACUACAUUGGAAUACAGCGACCCUAGAAUUGCUAUUGGAUAUCUUAUGGUUCUUACUUGUUGGAUGUAUGAAGAUUUUGAAGCAGUCGAUGACUUUUUAAGUGAUAUCUCAACCACUCGAUCCAUUUUGGCAUUUCUUUCUAAUAAUUCCACUGAACUGUCAUUUUUAGUUCAUGGAAUGGCCACGAUAUUACUCGGGGUAGUUUAUGAAUUUAGUAGAACAAAAAGUCCAAUGACUAGACCAGAUUUACAUUCACUCCUCUGCAAGCUGAUCGGAAAGGACAACUAUUCGUUAAAAGUUCGACAAUUCAAAGAGUCUCCAAUUUUUAAACAAUUUAAUCAAGAUGAUUUAAUGUCAUAUACCACUGAUUCAACUACUGGAUUACCUGAUGUUUAUUUUGAUCCUAUUUAUGUUCAAUUGAUUAAUAGCAAUUCGUCUAGAAUUAGAAAGGCAUUAUUUCAUGACCCAUUGGCAGAACCACAGGGCAAACUUUCAUAUGAGGUAUAUGAGGAGUUGGAAACAAGUUAUUCUGAAUUGAAGGGGAAAUAUUUGGAAGUUAGACAAGUGGGAAAAUCAUUAGAAGAGAAGAAUAAUAAAGAAAUUGAAAAAUUGACUAACGAACAAAAGAAACUACAAGUCGAAUUAGAAUCCAGAGAUAAAGAAUUGAAAGAAUUAGAAGAUAAACAUAUUCUAUUGAAAACCAAAUUCGACGAAACUCAAGAUCAAAUGAAGGAUCUUGAACUAUCGAAACAGAAAUUUGAGAAAUCAUCUACUGAUAAUUUCCGAGAAUUGCAAGAAGCAUUAAAGAAAGUUGACGAUUCAGGAGAACAAUCCAAAGCCUUACAAGGGAAAUUCGAUAUAAGUGAAGCUGCCCGUAAAAAGGCAGAAGAUGGUAUCAAUAAGAUGAGUAGAGAAUUAUUCCAUCUUUCGAAAGAAAAGAAGGAUGUCGAUAAUGCCUUAAAGAAGUUACAAGAUGAAUUUAAUGUAUUUAAGACCAAUAUGGAUAAGAAGAUCUCACAAUAUGAAUCCCAGAUUACCAAUAUCAACAAGGACAAUAAGACUUUGAAGGAAGAAUUGGAAAGAAUGAAGAAAAGCUUAUCAAGCAGCGAAACAGAAAAUGAAAGGAAAAUAAUUGAAUUGAAUGAAAAAGUCAUUGAUAUCGAAGGUACAAAUGAACAUUUGAUGGAUAAGUUGAGAUCUGCUGCAUCCGCAUUCCAAGAAAUGAAACAAAAGAAAAAUGAGCUGGAAUUAGAUUUGGAACAGAAACAAAAGAUUAUUGAGGAUAAUCGAAUUGAAAGAGAAUCGCUCAUGAAAGAAUUGGAUGAAUUGAAGGAAAAUUUCGAAAGCAAGAGCAAAGAAUUUGAUUCAAAGAAUAAAAACUUGCAGGAAGGAAAUGAAAAAUUAGAAGGAUCCUUGAAGCAAGCCGAAGAAGAGAAGAGAAGCAAGGAGAAAGAAUUGAAAGAAGUUAAGCAACAUAUUGGAGAAAUCGAAUUGGAUUUAAAGAACAAAUUGGAAGAGAUCGAGACUUUGAAAACCGGUCAGUUAGAAAGUCAUAGAGACCUUUCUGAGAAGCAUUCAACUUUAUCCAAGGAGUUAGAUGCUAAAGUUGUAGCAUUGAAGGAAUUGGGAGCUAAGCACGAUGAGGUUCUAGGAGAACACAAUAGCUUGAAAGAGAAACAUACUGAUGUGGAAUCAAAGUUUAGUGAGUUACAGUCAAAGAGUAAGGGAAUCGAAGGAGAUUUGAGUGACUUGAGGUCUAGACAUGCUACCAAAGAGUCUGAAUACACGAAAUUGAAGUCUAAACUUGACGAGACAGAAGUUGAAUAUAAAACACUUCAAUCAAAACAUGAUGAAAUCAAUUUUAAGUAUAAGAAACUCGAGGAAGAUCACACGGAGAAAGAAACAAAUGUCAAAAAGCUUCAAGAAGAGCAUUUGAAGAGGGAAAAUAAUAUCAAACAACUUCAAGAUAAAUAUAUUUCAACUGAAACUUCAUUGAAAAAACUUGAAGAUGAACUCUCAAAAUCUCAAUCUUCAGCUACUGCUUUACAAGACAAAUUAAAUUCAUGCCAGGACAAAAUAUCAAAGUCGGAAACUGAAUUUAAAGAGCUUCAAUUAGAGCAUUCUAAGAAAAUUGAAGAGUUUUCAACCUUACAAGAUAAAUUCAAUGUCACAGAAGCUUCUUUGAGAGAAUUAAUCUCCAAAGAAAAAGAAACCAAAGUUGAAUUGAAGAAUUUGAAAGAACAACAAUCAGUUACCGAGUCGAAUUUAAUGGAAUUGCAGGAUGAACAUGAUUUGACCGAAGAAAAAUUAAGUGAAAUCCAAGGGAAAUAUGAAGCUAGUGAGGGGAAUGUAAAAUCAUUGAAAGAGAAGUAUGAUUUGACUGUUUCGAAGUUGAAAGCUUUACAAGGAAAAUACGACGAAUCGGCCCAGGUUAUUAAAGAUUUACAUGCUACUCAAAAUGGUUAUGAAGAUGAUAUUUCAAAGAAAGCUAUUGAAAUAAAGAAAUUAACCGAAAACCUUGAACAAACCAAAUCAACCAUUAAAGGAAAUGACAGCAAACUUUCAGAAGUUGAAGAAAAAUUGAAGUCUGAAUUGGAAGAACGCAAAUCCUUGGAGAUCAAAUUGACAAGUUGUAUUGCUGAGAUCGAAGAUUUAAAGAAGGAAGUCACAGAGAAGAAUUCCACUUUGGACGAGAAUUCAAAGGAAUCAGAAAGGACAAGCAAACUUCUUGAAGAGAAGGAGAAGAAAUUGAAGGAAAGUAUAAUUUCUCUUGAUCAAAGUAAGAAAAACUUGAAAGAAAAGAGCAUUUCCCUUGAACAGUGUGAGAAGAAGUUGGAAGAAAAAAGCACUACUGUUGAGACGCUUUCAAAUGAGUUGAAGGAGGACAAAAAUAAACUUGAUGAGGUAUCAAAAGAAUUGGAAGCAAAGACCGCUACUCUUGAAAGUAUUUCGAAAGAAUUAGAAGAAAAGACUCUUGCUCUUGAAAAACUUAAUAAAGAUCACGAUUUGAAAACUUCAACUCUUGAUACUGUCGAAAAGGAAUUGAAAUUAAAAACCUCAUCAUUUGAAAAUCUUUCAAAGGAGGCAAACCUUGUCAAGGAAUCACUAACCGAAAAGGAAUCACAACUUGAGUCGACUUUGGCUAGUAAGAAAUCACUCGAGGAUGAAUUUUCCAAGUCUUUGAAGCAAGUUGAACAAAUAACAGCCGAAAGAGAUACAUUCCAAGCAUCAGUCAAGACUAGUGAGAAAGCUAUACAAACAUUAAAGAACUCAAAUGAGAAAGAGACCAAGGCAUUCCAGAAGGAGAUUGGUCAAUUGAAGGAAAAGAUCAUUAACUUGAAUUCCGAUUUAAGUGACAAAGUUCAACAGAUUGAGAAGGAAAGAGCAAUGCUUAAUGAAAGCUCCGAAAACGUUCUUAAGGAAUAUAGUGAAAAGAUCAAGGAAUUGGAAGACUCUUUAACUAAAGCAAAGGACUCCAGUAGAGAAAAAUUGGAGUCCCUUCAAAGAGAAAAGGAUGGAGUUCAAGAAAAUUUGGAAAGUUGUUCCUUAGAGUUAAGUGAACUUAAGAAUGAAAUUGAAGAAACUAAAUCUCAACAUAAGAAGAAAUUAACUGAUUUAGAAAAUGCAAGGAAAAAACUUCACAACGAAUUGACCAAUUCUUCAACAAAUCUUAAGGAUAGAGAAGAGAAUGUUGGUAAGUUACAAAAAGAACUUGAAAUUUCGAAAAAGUCAAUUUCUGAAAUCACUGCAAAACUUGAAAAGGCAGACGAAGAUUUAAAGAAAUCUGCUGAUUUAGGUAAAAAGCUCGAGCUUUUUACCAAGGAACAUCAAGUUAAGGCAGAUGAAGUUAUUCAAUUACAAAGUUUGUUGGAUAAAACGAAAACGGAUCACGCUAAGGAAUUGAAAUCAAAGAACAAUACCGUAGAUGAGAGGGACAAGUUGAUUAAGGAAUUGAACACCGAGAUUAUCAAUCUUAAAUCAUCCGUGGAAGAUAAUUUGAAACAAGUCUCUGAGAGGGAUUCUCAAGUUGAAGAAUUGAAGAAACAAGUAGAACUAACUGCUUCCGAAAUUGAGUCCUUAAAAUCUACAGAGGGAGAAAAAUCCAAUGUAAAUGAGGCAAAGAUUAAGGAAUUGACCAUGAAAUCAAAACAACCUUCAAAGGAAAUAGAAGAAUCGAAAGAAGAAUUACAGAAGGAGCUUUUAAAAUCAAAGCAGUUGGAGAAGGAUAUUUCUAAUAAGAAGGAAAUUGAAUUGAAAUUGAAGGAAUAUGAGGUGAAAUUGGAAGCAUCUGCCAAGGAGUUAGAAGCAUCAAAGGCUUCAAGUAUCGAAUACGAACAAAAAUUGAAUUCAAUGAAGAAAAGCCACGAAGAGGAGCAGAAUAAUUUGAAGAAGGAAUUGAAACUUAUUCAAAAAUCAAGCGAAGAUAAUUCUACUGCUACUAAAAAGGUUGAAGAGGAGAAUUUUUCAUUGAAGGAAGAAUUGAAGGUGGCUAAGAAGGUAGAAGAAGAAGUAGCAGAAUUGAAGAAACUGUCGAAGGCCACAGAAGGUGAGUUAUCGACCUUGAAGGAGCAAUUAGCCCUAGCUAAGAAGGCAGAAUCUGAGUUAUCGACCUUGAAAGAACAAUUAGCCCUGGCUAAGAAGGCAGAAGCCGAGGUUUCUACAUUAAAGGAACAACUAGCCCUGGCCAAGAAGGCAGAAGCUGAAGUAUCGACCUUGAAGGAGCAAUUAGCCCUGGCAAAGAAGUCAGAAGCUGAAGUAUCGACCUUGAAGGAGCAAUUAGCCCUGACUAAGAAGGCAGAAGCUGAAGUAUCGACCUUGAAAGAACAAUUAGCCCUGGCUAAGAAGGCAGAAGCCGAGGUUUCUACAUUAAAGGAACAACUAGCCCUGGCCAAGAAGUCAGAAGCUGAAGUAUCUACCUUGAAGGAACAAUUAGCCCUGGCCAAGAAGUCAGAAGCUGAAGUAUCGACCUUGAAAGAACAAUUAAAGCAAUCUACAGAAUCAUCAACUAAGACUGAAUCUGAUCUUAAACAAUCAUUGGCUACUCUUGAAACAAAAUUAAAGAAUUUGACUGCUAAGACUGUACCAAAAUCAGAACUAGAUGAUCUAAUGCUUCUCAUGUCUGACAUGGAUGAAAACAACAGUAAAUAUAAGAAGAGAUUAAAGGCUCUUGGAGAAGAAGUCUCAAGUGAUGAAGAAGAAGAUGAUGAUGACGAUGAUGAUGAAGAUGAAGAUGAAGAUUAAAAAGUGUAAAUAGAAAUAAAAGAUUAAAAAAUAUAUUAGUUUGCAUGUUAAAUA